AUGAAUGAUACUAAUAAACUAAUCAAAUCAAUUUCUGAUGGUGGAAAUUCCAUUAUAAAUUCUGAAUUCAAUACACAACAGUUAUUAACAGAAAAUUUGUUACCAGGUAAAUAUAAUUCUACUAUGGAAAAAUCAAAUAUUCUUAUAAAAAAAUCACAAUCAACAUUUGAAGUUAAAUUACAACCAAAUUCUAAUCUAUUAGAUAAUGAAUAUAAAACAAAUUUAUAUGAUCCAACACAAAUCAAAUCAGACUAUUUAUUUCCAUCAGAAAUUAUAGAUAUAAUGACUAGUAGUACUAUUGCUGCAUCUUCAAUAGGAUCAUAUUUAUCUAAUUCUAUCACUGAUAAUUCACAAUCAAUCAUUUAUUCAUCAAUGAAUAAUACUUUAUUAAAUACAAAUUCAUUCCUUUCAGAUCAAUCAAUCAAUACAAAUACAAAUAUACCAUUAUUUCAACUGAAUCAACAAUUUCAUCAUAGAGAAUCAGAACAAACUACUAAUCAUUUAGAGAAUAGAACUGAUAUUGAUAAAUAUAUCAAUGAGAAUAGUUUAAGGAAAUUAAAUGAAACCCAAGAUAACUAUGAUAAUGUUAUAUCAAAGGAAAUGAUACACAAUAACAGUAAUAGUAAUAAUAAUAAUAAUAAUAAUCAAAGUGUAAAUUGUAACUAUAAUAAUUUGUCAUGGAUUAAUAAAGAAAUAAAUGAAAAUAAUGAAUUAUUAAUAAAUGAUAAUUCACUUUCAACUUUAUAUAAUCAUAAUACAUUUUGUUUAUCAGCUAUGAAUGAACGAAUAUCAAAUAAAGAAAAUCAACUUAUUAAUCAAUCGAAAAGUAAAGUUUAUUUAACAAGAAAUGAGAAACUUCCAUUAACAGUUGAUACAAAUCAUCAAUGUAUUAAUAAUAAUAAUAAUUUGACAAUGUUAAGUAGAAGUAAUAUGUUUAUUAAUGAUAGAUUUGCACAAAAUGUCAAUUUAUUGAUUCACAAUAAUAAUGAGGUUAACGAUGAUAAUGGGGAGCUGGUUAAUCAUAUGAGUGAAGACGAUGAUGAAGGUGAUGAUAAUGAUGAUAAGAAUGAUGAAACUAUGAAUAAUACUGGAGAACGGUGUGAAAAUACUACUACUAAUAAUAACGGAAGACAUCGUUCUAUGCAGUUAGAUGAGUUUAAAAAUACAGUGUUACAUAGUGAUCAUGAAAAUGAUUACAAUGAAAUUAAUUCUUCAUCUUCACAAGAUAGAUUUAUUCAUUUAUUACAUCAAUCUCAUUCAUUCGAAUCACCAAUACAGACAAGUUGCUGUGAAAUGCCAACUAGUGAAGUAUCAUCACAAAGAAGUAUAGUUGAUGAUGAAGGAGAUGAUGUCGAAGUGGAUGAUGAUGAUGACGACGAUGAUGAUGAUGUUGAUGAUGACGAAAGUAUGACUGGCCAAUGUGGAAUAAAUCAUCGUCAACAUCAUUUAACUAGUGGUAUUGAAAGUAGCUUAAGUUGUGGUGGUCCUGGUAGUAGUAGUGGAAUUAGCCUCAAUACAAAUAGUGGAAAUAAUAAUGGUGGAGGUGCAAAACGUCGUGGUCCACGUACAACAAUUAAAGCAAAACAAUUAGAUACACUUAAAACAGCAUUUGCUGCAACUCCUAAACCAACAAGGCAUGUUAGAGAGUCAUUAGCACAAGAAACUGGACUUUCGAUGCGGGUUAUUCAGGUUUGGUUUCAGAAUCGUCGUAGUAAAGAACGACGUAUGAAACAGUUGAAUGCCCUUGGUGCACGUCGAUCAUUCUACAGAAAUCCAAGGAGAUUACGUGGUAUAAGAUCAGGGAUAUUAUCCAAUGAGCUGAACUCAGGAGGUCCAGGUGAUAUGAUAACCAAUUCUGCUUACCAUGAAUAUCUAGUAGGACCUAGUCCCGAUAUUUACAAUGCUAUUGCUUCAGCUACUGCAAUCGCAUCAGGUGUUCCUUUUAAUUUGUCUGGUGCAAUUCCUAGUCUGACAGGAAUUUACCCUCUAUCACAAGCACAUCCACUUCCUUCAAACGACUCAGUGAUCUCAGGUACAGCAGCUCACUUAUUGAACAGUGAUACAGGAUCUUUUCAUAAUGACAAUACACCACAUUUCAGUCCUAAUCCAUCUCAUUUAACACAAAAUUUUCCAUCAAAUUCACUCAAUUGUCUUCCGUAUAAUCCAACAAAUUUAUCUGGUUCAAGUGGAUUUCGGGCAGAAACAAAAUCAGAUUUAUUAUAUACUCCAUCUUAUUUUCCUUCAUCAUCUUCAUCGUCAACAUCAUCAAUGUCUUCACAACAAUUAGUAAAAUUCCCACUUUAUAAUAGCACGAAUCAAAAUUGUUCACCAAAUGGAUCAAUAUUUUCAUUAUCUGAUCCUAGAGAUUUUCAUUUAUCUAAUUUUCUUGAAAGUAAUAAUAAUAAUAUGAAAUCAUAUAAUUCAACAUGUCAACCUAAUCCGUUAACAAAUCGACCAGUUUAUAAUUCAAUGGGAAUAAAUUUUAGAAAUUUACCUCCGCCAGUCUUUGAUGAAAUUAUAUGUAGACCGAAUUUAGUAUAA